AUGCAAUUCUCAAUCAAAGCCGUUGCCGCUAUUCUGGCUGCAAUCACAAACAUCGCCUCAGUCUCUGCUGAGGGCGCAACUGCUCCAGAAGAUUCUGCCGUCGUCAAGCUUACCGAAGCCACAUUCAAGGACUUUAUUGCCAACAACCCAUACGUUUUGGCGGAGUUUUUUGCGCCAUGGUGUGGCCACUGUAAGAAGUUGGGGCCUGAAUUUGCGUCUGCUGCAGACUCCCUGGUCGAAACCAACCCAGACAUCAAGUUGGCUCAAAUAGACUGUACUGAGGACAGAGACCUCUGUGCACAAUUUGACAUCAGAGGUUACCCAACCCUGAAGGUUUUCAAGGGAGAAGCCGCCCCUCCUUCCGAUUACGCAGGCCAAAGACAAUCGGACUCAAUUAUCAACUACAUGGUCAAGUUGACCUUGCCUGCUGUCCAAGUUUUUGAUGACACCGCCGUGUUGGAAAAAACUGUGGAAGCGCUUGCCGAGCCUUUGGUCCUCCAGGUUCUUCCUGAAGGCGUGGAGAAGAGUUCUUCAAAUGAAACCUUUUACCAAGUUGCUGACAAAUUGAGAGAAAGCUUCACCUUUGGUACGACUUCCGACCCUAAAUACGUUGCCGAAUACGCCAAGUCUGCCAAGAAACCAGCAUACGUCAUUUUCAGAAACGGUGAAGACGCCGAAGAUGCCUCUGUCUACAAGGGCAAGGAUAUUGACGAAGAAUCCGAGUUACUCAUCGAUUUCAUUGACGUUGAGUCCAAGCCUCUCUUUGGUGAAAUCACCGGUGCUACUUACCAGAGUUACACCAGCGCCAACAUCCCAUUAGCCUACUACUUCUACAGCACUGCGGAAGAACGCGAUGCUGCAGAUCCAUUUAUCAAGAAGCUUGCAAGAAAAUACAGAGGUGAAAUCAACUUUGUUGGUUUAGAUGCCUCCCAAUUCGGUAUGCACGCUCAAAACUUGAACAUGAAGGAAGAAUUCCCACUUUUUGUGGUCCAUGACCUUGAAGGCAACAAGAAGUACGGUAUCGACCAAUCCACACCACUUGAUAACAACGCCAUCGCACAAUUUGUCCAGAAAUUCAAGGCCGGUAAGCUAGAACCAAUUGUAAAGUCUGAGCCAAUUCCAGAGGUUCAAAACUCAACUGUCUACCACCUUGUUGGUGCUGAGCACGAGAAGGUCGUUAAGUCUGGCAAGGAUGUCUUUGUCAAGUACUAUGCCCCAUGGUGUGGUCACUGUAAGAGACUGGCUCCUAUUUAUGAAGAACUUGCUGACCUUUACGAAGGUAAGGAUGUCGUUAUUGCCGAAAUCGACCAUACUUUAAACGAUGUCGAGUCAGUGGAUAUCAAGGGUUACCCAACUCUGGUUCUCUUCCCAGCUGAUGGUUCCGAGCCAAUCUAUUACGAAGAUGCCAGAUCUUUGGAAGCCAUGGCUAACUUCAUCAAGGAAAGCGGUUCUUUAAAAAUUGAUGCCUUAGUCGACGAAGAAGACGAAGAAGAAGUGAAAGAAACAGCAGCCGCUGAAACCAUUUCUGAAACUACUGAAAAGGCAGAAACCACUGCUCCAGCCGCCGAAGCUGACGCUCAUGAUGAAUUAUAA